AGUGUGACGACAGUCUCGACAGAAGAGGAGAGGAACAACAGCGACAGAGUGAUGGAGGAAACUGGCUCUUCAAGUUCUCCUGUUCGCCCUCCACAGGCGACCGGGCGUUCCGCGGAUUAACACGCGAGCAUCAAGGUUUUUCUUUCUUUCUUUCUUUCUUUCUUUCUUUCUUUCUUUCUUUUUUUUUAUGUGCAUCAUGUGAAGAAAACGCUGCUGCUCUGUGCAACAGGAGCGAAUGACAGACCUCACAUCUGUUUUUGAUUCUUACUUAAAACACGCGGCUUUGGAGAAGAUGAGAGACGGAGGCUUGGUGAUAAAACAAUAAUGACUGAUCUUUGACCCUUGAGAGAGCACUGUCUCCCUACAAGUGAUUCCAGGGAGGGAGCAGCCAGUCCAGGUCCAGGGUUAGACAUGGAGAUCUACCCAGGGUGGAGCACCACAACACCCAACAUCACAAACGGCACCGGCCCAACUGCCAGCAGCCGGCAGGCGGUCCAGUUCACAGACAGGAUGGCAGCGGUGGUAGUUGUACUCAGCCUCCUCACCCUCCUAACUGCGUUCAUCAAUGGCGCUGUCAUCAUUGCCAUCUGCACCACCAAGAAGCUCCACCUGCCUGCUAACUACCUCAUCUGUUCUCUGGCCGUCACAGACUUUCUGGUGGCGCUCCUUGUGAUGCCCAUCAGCAUCCUCUACAUCACCAUGGAGACAUGGUCCCUGGGUCAGGUGGUGUGUGAGGUGUGGUUGAGUGUUGACAUGACCUGCUGCACCUGCUCCAUCCUGCACCUCUGUGUCAUAGCCCUGGACCGUUACUGGGCCAUUACCAAAGCUAUCGAAUAUGCCCGCAAGAGGUCACCCCGGCGUGCCGCCAUCAUGGUGGGAAUAGUCUGGGUCAUCUCAGUUUUCAUAUCCAUGCCGCCCUUAUUCUGGAGGCGGAGGUCCAGCACUUCCGGCCUCCAACAGUGCAUCAUACAGCAUGACCAUCUAGGAUACACUAUAUAUUCUACUUUAGGGGCAUUUUACAUCCCCAUGAUCAUCAUUCUUAUCUUAUACUACAGGAUUUACAAUGCCGCCAAGACACUUUACCAGAAGCGUGGCUCUUCUCGGCACCUCAGCAAUCGCAGCAUGGGCAGUCAGAACUCUGUAGACCAUUGCCGUGUCUCCCACACAUUUUGUGUGUCAGACUUGUCAAACUCUGAUCCUACGCUGGCUACAGACAAACUCAGUGCCACCAUACGUAUCCCAUCCUUCGAACAGGACGUGGAUGGUCAGGAUGAGAAGAACCAGAUAUGUACCUCACGUGAGAGGAAAGCAGCACGAAUCCUCGGCCUCAUCCUUGGGGCGUUCAUAGUCUGCUGGCUGCCUUUCUUUUUAAAGGAGCUUCUGGUCGGUCUGCAUGUUUUACAGCCUUCUCAGCUUGUCUCAGACUUCCUGACUUGGCUAGGUUAUAUCAAUUCUCUCAUCAACCCCCUGCUUUACACCAGUUUUAAUGAUGAUUUCAAGCUGGCUUUUAAAAAGCUACUCAAGAGAAAAGAGCAUUCAUAGACCUGAGGGGGGAAAAAAACACCAAAGGGAAUGUGUACACUUUAAUCUUUUUUGCAGUCUGCCUAAUGGUAAUAUGCAGUGUGACAUUGUGCUUUACAAGUAAAAAAGUUGCAGUUCAACAGUGUAUUCCCUGAUUUUCUUAAUAAAAGAAUUCUUUAUGACUUUUCAUUUAUACAUAUUCAUCUGUGUUCUUUCUGACUUAUGAAUUAGAAGAACAUCAUCUUUUUUGUUUUGUUUUCCCAAUUAUUCUGACUAAUAAGCUGCAUUAUUCAUUGGUGUUGGUGUGACUAGUGAUGUAUAAGGUCAAGACUACUGCUUGGUGACUGGGUUAUUAGAGUUCAAUUACACAUAAAGCACCUUUUUGUUGAGUUAAAUUUGAUGCUGUGGUAAAGUGUAAGGUUUUCCGCAAAGACGUGAAAUCAUCCACUACUAGCUAAAAGGUAACAUUCCCCUGAUCCCAAAGAUGCAACAUCCACACAAUGACAUUAUGAUGCAGUCAGACCAAAAUCUACCGGGUGAAAUUAACUCACAUAUUGUGGCCAAGAAGAGGAGGGCACAGCGUACAGUGUAGUUAGGGUGGUAAACAUAAUGGCUUGUGGGCUAACACUACUGUCCUUACAUUCACUACACCCAGGCAGCAUCUCUCCCUCUG